GCCGUCAUUCAUUCAUCAUUUUUUUGUCAAUUACGAAUGUCAAAUAAUACGCUGACAAAAGAAAAAUAACGCGAGUGUUUAACUAUUAUUUUCAAGAACUGCUGACUAAAAAGCGUCUCAAGUUUCCACCAUUCGGAAAUGUGUUUACGGUCUUGAGUUGCGGAAAAAGUUUAUAACUUGUAUUUCUAUCAUUGAACUUGUAUUCGCGAAGACCUUGUGCACAGUGGACACGGUCAUAUUAUCGUUGAAAACAUGUGUUAUUUUUAAAUAAUACUUCUACACGUCGUAGUUUCUUCAUCGAUAAACACUUUGUGAAUGCUGCGUCAAAGUGGGGCACCGUGAGCGUGUGUAAAUAAACAAAGAAACAGUCAGUUGAAUCGUAUGUUCUAGACGUUUUGCUCGCCACCAUGGGAAGGUUUGUGACUGUUUAGGGAGUAUGGAGCGUUUGUAUCAUGACCUAAACCUGGCCCUAGAGGAGAGUAACUGCGGCCGGCAGGAGCGACGCAAGUUAGGGCUUCGACGAAGGACCCGCUCGGCUGGGAACCUGCCGGCCGCAGUAGCAGUAAGCCUGCUCACAGAAGAUGGGAGCUCCAGCAGCCCCCCACAAGCACCACUAAUAACCCAGCCACUGUCCGACUCUGAUGACCCUCAACUCAACCCCCACAAGGGCUUGAAGUCCCGACAUUACUGUCAGAUUGGCAACUUCGAGUCUGACUCCUUCAAUGAGAACUUUUCACCCACCCGACCCUCAAAUGCGAGGAGAAAACGGAAGUAUAAGAAGAUGCCGGUGGAGUAUGCAGAAGGGAACCGGUCUCCGCCAGUGGAAAUUUUGACUAUUACUACUGAGCCUAACACAUCACCAUCCACAAUAAUGCUGCAAUCACAGGGUCUGGCGCCACUCGUCUAUAUGCACCGCCAUAAAUCGUUUUUAAAACAUGAAAGAAAUGCUUUCUGUGGCAAAAGGAAAUGGUCGCACAGAGAUAAAGGAGAUGUCUGCGAAAUGAGAGAGAGAUCGUUCAGCGGCGGCUGCUCAUCCAAAUCCACUUUCUUCUCCAAAAACGACUUUAAGUUGAAGAAGCACGAAACAGACAAAAAGAGGAAAGAACCAGUGUUACAGCCCGGCAAGAUUGUCCUCAAAUCACAGAACACAGAAGGAACUAAACCCUCAAGUUUUACCAACACUCCAUCUCUCCCCGGGAGCUCUAGUUUUAACUUUGUCUACAAGAACUCUAAAAACGGCACGCCAACGUUAUCGAAAAUGACCGGAUAUAAAAUUGCCACAGACUUGCCGCCAUUUUUCAACCCAACCACAAGUACAGGGAAACAGUUUGACGGAAAGAUGUACAGAAAAUCAAAGAUGUUGAACAAAAGUCACCCGCCUAAUUCGCUAAGAAAUCCCUUGUUGUUUGAUGAUCAGAAUAGUGGAAUGGACUGCGCUGGAAACGAGUCCAGUUCUUUAAGCAGUAGCGACUCGGAUGGAGUCGUAACUAAUGACAGUGACCGAGAGGGAGAUGAUGAACUAACAGACUGGCCAGGCAUUGAGGAACUCAAAGUCUUCAACAAGAGUCUAACCUUCAAAUCGUCCAAAUCCGUGAACAACAACUCGCCAAAAUCAGUCAGCAACAUGCCACCACCAAAACGGCUGAAAAAAGAAAAGAGUCUAGUUAAAAGCGGUUGGGCCAGUUGCAAGAAUAGAUUUAAGAAGAAACGAGCUAACAUAGACUCGGGAAACGAUGACGACGCCAUGAUGUCAGACUCGAAAACCGUUGUAGAUCUCGAAGACGGGAUCUUGAAAGAGAACAGAGAUAUUUUACAGCCCCACUCUUCUUUUUCCACGUUCAGCGAUAUAAAAAAUGCAGGCAUAUCCGGGCAGAGCGCAAACGAAUCCUUCUUCCAAUCAUUUUUAGCUUUUCAAGAAAAAACAGGCGACCAGGACGGGUUCCAAACGCCGCGAACGAAUUUUUCUUUACAAAAGACUUCUUCUAGUGAUCUAAAUGUGAGUGAGAGAAGUCCACAGAGCGAUCAUUAUUUCAGCGAACAUUCCAUGGGCAUAGCCACUGUGGCCGAGGUCAGAGAAAUCAGGGCUGGCUGUCGGAGAAUCAGAGAUGAGAGGCCGGGGUUCUUGAUUCUCAGUGCAGCUAAUGAGCAGCUCUCAAAGUUCCUUCAGGAUUCCUGUCAGUCGGAGUUGAAAUUGCCAAGUUUAAAUGACCCUGAGGAGAAAGAAAAGCUAGAAUCACUAGCGAAGCUGUAUUCACUUGAGCUGCAGGUGGAGAUGGGACGGCCAGUUUUAAGGAAAACUAGCAACACAAUGCAAGCUAUAAGAGUCGAGCAUUCCUACCACAACUUCCCGUCUGACCACAAACGACGCUGCUACGGCGAAGACCAGGACUCGAGUCUUAGUGACCCGGUUAACUCGAACGAUGACGAGAAAGACUUUGCUGAAGACUCGUUCUCGCAUUCGUUGGUGGAUCGAUCGCUGCUGCAUCCAGGUGAAAUUGAUUGAGACUUUAAAACCGGUUUCUGCCUAGUGUAAAUAAAUGACGGUUUAGGUUAUUAACCGGUUGAUUAUGACAUCAGGUUUCGAGUCUCAGUGACUCUGUUAACUCGAAUGAUCGAGAGGAGAUUGUUGCAGACUCGUUCUCGCAUUAAUUGGUUGAUCGAUCGCUGCUGGAUGCAGGUGAAAUGGAUUUAAUGUUGAAAACCGGUUAAUUUUGCAAACCGGUUUCUGUCUGACGCAAACUAUAAAUGACGGUUUUUAACCGGUCAAUUGAUUAUGACUUCUACAAUUUUAUAUUAAUACCAUACCGGUUAAUUUUUCUUGCAAGUCAAUGUUCUGGUUAAAAUUUUUGUAAUUGAUGAACUUAUAAAUAAUAUGACUAACCGGCUUUCUGAAUCUGUUUACAAAAAUGAAUUGUUAGUUGAUGGCUCAUUUUAGUACCAAUGCAUUCACAUUAUGUCUGUCCUUAUAACAAGACCAUUGUUGGUAUCUGUGACACCAUGUUUUUUCAAGAAUACGUUUGGAAAAGUCGAAUUUGCUCGCAGUGUGGUACGCCAUAUAAGAUUACUUUAUUUAAAUAGGUAUUUCUACCAAGGCUCGGAACCGGUUUUUUCUUCUUACGAAAAAUACCGGUAUUGUUACGUUCUUUUUCGUUCUUUGGUUUAUUAUUUCAUUUUUGAUGGAUCAAUCUAAUAAUACGAAGCUGUUAGCUAAAUACAUGAUUCCGUCCUACGCAAAGAGCAUAAAACUACUAAUUAUGUGUGUUCUUUAAUGUUUUAUGUUUCUUUUUGUACAAUAAAGUAUUUUACUACUACUACUACUAAAAUUAUUAAAAAUAAUCGGCUAUUUUGGGAUUGAAAAAAACCGGUUCCGAUACCUGAAUUCUACUCCUUAUUUAUAUUUAACUGUUCAUGCACAAUGAGUUUAGUUUUUAGGGACCAAGGGUUUUAUUUCAUGUAUACAUAGUUGUGAUGAUUUUACAACGAGGUAACGAUGUUUUUCAUAUAUUCUUACGUGUUUGUUUCUAUCCGUUUAAUAAAACCAAAUAAUUUUGUAUAAAAUUAUUCGUAAGUACGUCAGAUACCUACAUGCACAUAAAUGAGUAGUACUGAAUAUAUAUUAGUAAAAUAAAAUCAACCGGGAUAAUUGCAACUCUGGGAUUACUGCGUCUGUUAUUUUUAGGGUACGAUUGGUCGGGACGCCCUCUAUGUUAUGCUUUAUUUCCAAGUAUCUCAGGUUUUUAUCACUGGAUGCCGAGAGCUCUUGUAAUUCAUGUCGUUUAAAAAAAGAACUCUAAUAGACGCAAUAACCCCAUAACCGCAUUCAUCCAGGUCGACGGCAUGGGAAAAAUACUCAUGUGAAAUAAAUAUGUUUAGGUAAAAACGUAUUAAAAUGUAUGUAUAAAACAUAUGUCGUUUUUAUGCAGUAUACACUGCUUUACUGCAAAGGUUGAUGUUAAUAACAUUGUAAAACUGUUAAAUGAUUACGCACUGUUAUAAACGUUUAUAACGUUGAUAUAACGACAACUAUUGCCUGCUGGUUCGGGCGUAGAAAGUAGAUGUCACUUGAUAACUUUAUGGUGCCGUUGGUUCAAUUCAGCCAGGAGUUUUUGAAAAAUCGUAGCGCUAGCUCUUUUAGAUCUUAAUACGGUUGCCAUAAAAUAUGAAAAGCAAUCUUGAGGCAGUUCUAGUAACUUCAUCGAUUCGAAACCUGAUUAAACUUUCGAUCUGACUAAUACCCAGGUCUGAACGCUCCAUUAAACAUUUGUAACCAUAUUUACACAAUCUAAAAAUAUUAAAAUUACUACUUUUUUUUUAUCGACCUCGUUUUUUUUGUUAAAAAUUACUAAAAAUAACAAUGAUAUCCGCAAGUUAGGGCACGCUCGCUCGUCUGUCCGCUCAGUGCUUAACGAGUUGCAAUCUGAACUCAUGGCGCCUUAAAGCUAUAAAGUGUUUGUAGAAAAUGAAAAGAACGAACGUCAUAGGUAGGUGAUUACUGAUUAGGUAGGUAUGCGCUAUAUUUAUCAUAUCAUAACGCAAAGUUUACUCAAAUUUCAACUUUUUUCAAUAAAUCGGUUUAAAAUGCGUAUUACGCAUUGCGUAAAAUUGCUAAUCAGUCAACGUUUAUUACUAAAUUCUAAUAUUUGACGACUAAUUAAAUCAAUUAUUGAACAUUACACUAUUUAUUUAAUUUCCAAAUGAUUAGUGUCCGACCGAAACAUGUUUUUUUGCCGAAACCGAAACCGAAACCGAAUGUUCGGCUUUGGCUCUAGUUUCGGCCGAAACCGAAACCGAAACCGAAACUUUUGUAGACUUGUUAGAAUCGUUGAAAAAAUGACAUAAAACCGCUUUUACAGACAUAUUAUGGGGCUGUCAACACCCAAUGUCCUUGAAAUGUAUGUUACUUAAGCAGUUUUUUAAGAAAAUUACUAGAGUUAGACCAAGAUAAUUCUGCAACGAUUUUGAUAACACACGCAAUGCAAGUGUUAUUUUAAACGUCAAAACUUCUAUGAAAUAAGACGUAUAAAUAACAUUUGCACUAGUUGCACUGCGUAAGCUAUCAAAAUCAUUGCAGAAUUUUCUUGGUGUAACUCUAUUCAUUCACCAGUCAAGCUAACAUGUAGAUACAGGGUCAAGCAAAAACGCGAGCGCAGCGAGCGCGAAAUUUUUUGUUAAUAAUAUCUUAAGGCCGGGUACCGAUCUUCACCUGGGCCUAAAAGUCCGAAGUGCCCCAGUGAGGCGAACUUUCAUGCGAAGUCAAAGCCGUGCUUCAGGCUUCAAAAUAAGUAGUUGAGCACAGACUCCAACCAAUGUCCAUUGUAUUAAAAAGCGAGACCGCAGGCUGAGCAUGGCGCAGCGAGGCCAAAGGUUAAGCUGAAGUAGAGGACAUGUGGAACACAAACCAAUGGUAAAUUGAGGUAAAAAGUGAGGCUAAGGUUGAGCAUUCGUAUGAAAAACUGUACUGGGGGCACUUUUAAGGGUUUUUUCUUCGUUUUAAUCAAUAGUCAGCUGUUCAGCCUCGCAAAAUAUUAACUAUUGAGAAAAUCAACUUUGCAGCACUAGUUGAGCGUAACCUUUAGCCUCGCUUAAAAUUUGUCAUUAGAGGUAGAUAGGAAAAUGACUGAAUAAGUGAUUGAAUAAGAGCGAAAAAGACAUCGUUCGACUCGGGCCGAGCGGAUACUCGGCCAACGGCUAUCUCAUUCACUCCGAUACAAUCAGACAGUGUGCGCGUUAUAGGUAUUGACAGCCUCUUAAGACUGAGUCGACCGUCCAGUGGCGCCCUCACUAGUGGAAUUGUGUUUUAUAAUAAACCAAUUAAAUGAUGUAGGUACCUAUACCACCUAUACAUGAAUCAGUAUAUGUACCUAGAUAUUAAUAUUGUUGUCCUACUUAUUCCCCAACUUUUGGUCUUUGUCCGAAGUACCAUUUCGUAAGUUUCGGCCCGGCCGAAAGGUUCGGCCGUAUUUUGGCCGAAACCGAAACUACGGCCGAAACAUGAUUUUUUGGCCGAAACUGACCGAAACCGAAACCGAACCUUCGGUCGGACACUACAAAUGAUACACGCGAAUCCAGAAACAAAUGCGGUCUUAUAAUAAAACUUAACCAUUUUCAAUAUUUGUCACAUACAUGUAUAUGCUGUUCGUUUUAUUUCAUGUUUAUAAAUUAAAUUAACAUUAACGAAAAGGUACUUAAAAGUUGUAUUUCUAUGCCUGCUUAAGUAUUAUUAUAUUUAUUAUGUACUGGCUUUUAUAAAUCAAACCCAUAUACAUAUUUUUCUAUUGGUCAUAAUAU